AGGAAAGAAAUUCCACGUGAUGCCUCCAAUUACCAAACAUAGGAUAUUAUGUACGAAGCAGAAAGAUCAAGGUGAUCCUAAACCCUUCCGCUCUGUCCGCAGAUCGAGUUCCCCCAGCUGCGAUCCAGGGUAUCGAUAUCCGGAGCGAGUUCAAGGCCACCUCCAAUCGAGCUCGACGACUCCGGAUCUCUCGCGAGGGUUUCGCUCUUGUCAACGGAGACGUCGCAGUUCGGCAUGUCACGCGUCUUGAGAGAAAAUUAUCCGUAGCCCUUCCGAAGACCCGGUGCCUACCCUGGCGCGCAAAUCCGCAAUUUGGCCUCGCCGAGUCGAAGAUGCCAUGAGAGGACCGGGAAGCGACCGUCGACCCGACCAGGGAGCAUGGGCCCUCGAGGUAACGAAAAGCCCGAGCAAGGUGCCAGACGGAGUCCCAGGAUCAGGGUCCGGGGAUCGAAAUCGAGCCCGAAAGGGUCAAGGGCGAGUCCCGGGAUUGCGGCAAAACGCGCCAAGCUGGACCUCGAGGUCCGCGACCACGACGACGCGAACUUCUCCGGUUCAAAUCGGUCGACCCGUCGAUCUCGGUUCCACAUCACGAGUCUGCCCACCGAGAUCCUCGUCGAGAUCCUCUCCUACCUGUCCCUCGGGGACCUCUACGCCCUGCGCCAAGUCUCGACCUUCUUCGAGCGCCUCGUUAGCGAUCCCGCCGUUUGGAGAGCCUACGAGGUCGUCGACAACGAGAUGAACACCUCGGACGUCAUCGACGAGCUGAAGAGGAUGCCGUUCCUGAGGAAGUUCAGCAUCGCCGCAAGGUCCGACAGCGACGACAUCCUCAGGCAGCUCUCCCUGACGAACAGGAACCUCGAGGAGCUCCACGUAUCCAACUGCACCGGUACAUGCCCAACGAGGCUAGAAAUCCGAAGUCGAUCGUUCCGCCCCACUUCCGCCGUUCCGUUAGGUUACGUUAUUUAUUUCCGGGUCCUCGAGGCCAGAGAUUUUCUACGAUAAAUCGAUAACCGCGAUUACCGAUCCUAAAGUUGGGACUCCUUAGACCAGCCUAUGCCAGGUUUUAGGUGCACCAAGUAUCGGCUGCGACCCCC